CUUUCUGAUCUCUACACUUUCAGUGGUGCACUCGGGCCUCCCGAUUGAUAUCGUCUGGCUCAAAUACAACUGCAGUACGAGCUGGAUUGGUCUAUUUGCUCUCUUCAGGGCCUAAUUGACGCCUUUUGAAUGCAUACAUGAAUCAGACUCCAUCAUGUCACUUACGACCGAAUUUCCUUCUAUAUCGACCAAGGCCAACCCUGGGCAGGCACCGGGAGGGCUAGGGAAAGGACUCUUUGCAUCCGCUAGCUUGAAAACCGGAGAUGACGUCCUAACCAUCCAAACCCCCUUUGUGGCGGUUUUAGAGAAGCCAAGGCUGGAUGAUACAUGCUCGGGAUGCUUUGGCAAGAGGCAAUUGGGGAAUGUGGAUGCGGCUUUGAAGGCGUGUACUAAAUGUCAGGUGGUAAAGUAUUGUGAUAGGAUAUGUCAAUCCAAGGACUGGAAAGCCGGUCAUUCGCUGGAGUGCCCCGUUUAUCAGAAGCUGAGGCCUCGCGUCCUACCCAUCAAUGCCAGGGCUGUCCUGCGCAUAGUUUUGCGCAGUCAGCGUCAGAAAUGUACUCCCCAGGAGCUAGAUCUCUUUCUCCAAUUAGAAACCCACGUUCAGGAUAUUGAGCGUGAGAAUCCAGCUCAGCUUGAACGCAUCGGGCUCUCGUCGAAGGCAGUCAAGGUCUAUUCUGAGACCGAUGUGAAGGAGGAAACGAUAUCGGCAUUCGGGGCCAGGCUUGAUUUGAAUUCCUUCAACAUGACGAAUCCGUCAUACGACCGCAUCGGUCUCUACUUACACCCUUUUGCCGCCCUGAUCAACCACUCCUGCGACUACAACUCCGUCGUCGGGUUCGAUGGCGACCAACUCUUCGUCAAAGCCAUCCGGCCCAUCCAGAAAGACGAGCAGAUCUUCAUCUCAUACAUCGACACCACGAACCCCUACCAGCUCCGUCGCACCGAGCUACGCGAGAGAUACUACUUCGACUGCCAGUGUUCCAAAUGCGAACAGGGCCCCGACGGACCGGCCGAUAAGUUCCCCAACACAUCAUCGCCACCGGACCCCUCCGUCCUGGAAACAGUGGGCAAACAAGCCCGCGAGGCCCUCGAAGCCGCUUCCACCGUGGACAUUGAAUCGCCUGAAUUCAUCGCCCAGCUGGAAUCAGCGAUGCGCGCGCUGCGCCAGACCUCCCCGCCCUGGCCCAUCACUCGACAGCCCUACCUCUCCCUCCGCGACCAACUCAUCACCUCCCUCCUCUCCGCUGGGGAUUUCAACACGGCCUUCGUCCAGUGCGCGAUCCGCUACCUUCGCGUCGACCCCGUCGUCUACCCCCAUGCCGCGCACCCUCUGCGCUGUCUGCAUGCCUGGGCGCUCGCGAAGCUCGCGAUCCACCUAUCGCAGGGGAUGGAGGAGUCGUCUGGGGACGCGAUUCGGCUGGAGACGUUUGAGUUGAACUUCAGUCUUGUUAUUUGGUCUGUGCUCAGUGAUCUGGUCAACAGGGAGGCGGAGUGCUGCACCGUGCCGAGUUUCAAGGGUAUAGUGAAGGGGGCUUUUGCCGAGGUGCAUAGGGAGUUUCUAGUUAAUGGGUUGGAUCCGAGGACUAUGGGUGCGGAGAUCAAGAGGGAGUGGGAAAAGAUGGAAAGGUUGGUGGAUUUGGCGGUUGGGCGUGAGUAGCUCGGUGCUAUUGAGGUGUGUGGAGUAUAUAAAAUAAAGAUGUCAUGGCGUGCUAG